CUUUUUUUAAAUCAAGAUUGUGAAGUCGCAUAUCUACAGUGGUAAUUGCCAACACACAUUCGAUGGGCAACAUCUGUCGAGUUCGGUUAUCGCUCGCAACGUUCGUGAGAAAUAAUUCGAAAAGUGAAAACUGUGAAAAACCAGGAUUGAAAACCAACAAUUAUGAAUUCUUCCAGUGGCGGUGAAUAUACGGAAAUGGAAAUUGAAGAUGAUGGGCAAUGGAAAAAAGUCCGACAUAAAAGAAAACGAAGUAAAAACCCAAACUCUCCAACCCAACAAACCAAAAAAAUUGCAUUUCCAUUUGCGAAUACAGAUGCGAUAAGGUCGUCGUCACCAUGUUUUGAUUACUCAAAACGCGAUAACGGGAAUUCCAACAUAUAUGUUCUUCGACAAACAACACAAGAAAUAAACAUGGCAACUGUAAACAACAACAAAGGAAGCGGCGUAAUUCAAAAAGGACAACAAAUAAAACAAUACACCCCAAAAACAAUUCAUUCAAAUUUUUCCAUCAAGAUGAAAGGUAUUCAAAAUACAGAAUACGAUAACCUAUUUUAUAUCAUGGUAAACAACGAAGAAAUCAAAGACAGAAUUCAGAUGUCUGACUUGUGGAACACAAAAAACUCAAAAAACAAAGACGUAAUUUUGAAAACCAAAAUAGGAUACUUGCUGAAAUCCAACAACGACAAAGAAAAAUUACAAAAAACACUGGAAGAAUUACAACAGCAGAAGAAAAUACUAUCAUUCAAAGAAACGAUAGCUCGCGGCCCUAGAAGGGAAAAAACAGAUCCACAACAUGCAUAUUCUGUUGUCCUUUCCAAAUCCAACAGAAAUAACACACCUACUACAUGGAAAGACUUUUUCCGGCAUGAGCUUCCUCCCUAUAUAAUUAAAUCAAUUAAGAACAAACGAAAGAUAUACAGGGAAUACUGCAAGCUCGGAGAUCCCACUUACAAACGAAAACUGAACGAAUACAACAAAUGCAUACAAAAAAUGAUUGCACAGUACAGAGAACAUCAAUGGACCACUGCCUGCAACCGAAUAAACGAAGCUAAAGGAAGAACCUUCUACCAAUAA